GGUGCUGAGAAUUUCCCAGUGCCAGAUGCAUGAAUUAAUUCGUUUUCUUUCCCUGGCAGGUUUAGAAGUACUUAGCCAGGAGUUUGUCAGCAGGUAGGCAGGAGGAUUUGAGCUUGGCAGAGCCAAAAGGCUGCAGGAUGGGAGCUGUAGGGUUUGGCUCAGCCUUUUCUGCUCUCCUCUGCUUGCUGCUGGCAGGCAGCAGCCUUUGCUGGGGGCUGCAAUGCAAGGAGCACCAACACGUCUACAGCGGGAGGUGCUGCAAGGACUGUCCCCCUGGUGAGGGGAUAAAAUCUCGCUGCACUGCCAAGCAGGACACAGUCUGCAGCCCCUGCCGGGAGGAGUACUUCAGCAGCAAGCACAGCCACAAGUUCUGCAGCAGCUGCACCGUCUGUGACACCUGGAAGGGCAGUGUGGAGGUGAAGAAGUGUGAGAAGACCUCAGACAGACUCUGCAGGUGCCGUGCAGGUUACAUGCCAGUGGUGGGCAGCAGGCCAGGAAGUGUGUGCUCACCAUGUCCUGAAGGAUUUUACUCCCUGGGGCACAAUGAAAACUGUCAGCCUUGGACCAACUGCAGCCUCCUCGGGAAAAGAACCCUGCAAGCAGGAACCCAAACGACUGAUGCUGUGUGCAGCAACUCUGCCACCCACCCAGCCCCUCCUGCCAGUGCCACACCUGCUCUGAACCUCUCCACCACCUCUGACCACAAGGACAACGUGUCCAUAGCAGCCUUCUCACCAUCCAGCCCCAGCCUGGUCCCUUCCAUCUGCCGGGACACAAACCGCAGCCCCGUGGAAACCAACUGGGGAUCUUUAUCCCUUAUCCUCAUCUGCCUGGUCCUGCUCCUGGUGAGUGGCAUGUCCAUCCUCCUGCUGAUCAUCCAAGCAGCCAGAAAACAGAGCAAGAAGAGGCCUUGCAGGAGCAACCUGCAGCAACCACAGAGCUGUCGAGUUCCUAUCCAGGAGGAGCAAAGUGACUGCAAUUCCACUCUGAUCAAGAACUGAGCCCCCUCAGGUUCCCCUGCCCUGCACCUCUGAGCCGCUCGCUGCUGCCCUGUGCUGUGGCAGCAUUCUGGGGCUGCCCCUGGGGCUGUGGGCAGCUGUUCCACUGCCCUGCAGUUCCUUUGGCUCUCCUCCAGUGGCCCCUUUGGCAUUAUGCCCUGUGGGAGUAGCUGUUCUUGGUGGGGGGGCUCAUGAGGCUGUCUCUGGCAGGUGCUGCCUGCAGCACCCCAAUGGCAGGGUUGAGUCGGUGCAGCUCUCAGUGUGCUCCCAGCCAGUGCUGUGUGCAGGGAUAGGCUCUGGGCUGCAGAAAGCACUUUGGGAAGCUCUGAGAGCUGCUCCCUGGGCAGACAGAAAAGCAGGCAAGUAGAAAGCUCUGCUUCCUGACUGACUUCCUACCUUGUGUUGCAGUUCACAGGUGUCAGGGAUUGGAAGGGACCC